GACCGGACAACCAAGACACCCUGCCCUACGAUGGUGAUGCAGUGGCUGGUAUGGUGAUCAAGCCGCCUGAGGUGGUUGACCUGAGUGAUGAUGAGCCGGUUUCCAAGGACCCGUCUGGUGACUUGCCGGAUGGUCGGGUGUCUGCUGAUGUAGAUGAUAUCCCGGUUCAAGAGGCGGUCGUGAUGCAGGAAAGUGGGCAGCUUGGUGAGGUUGCUCUUGCUUUGCCGUGUCCUGAUGCUCGGGUGUCUGCUGAUGUGGCUGAUAUCCCGGUUCAAGAGGCGGUCGUCAUGCAGGAAGGUGGGCAGCUUGGUGAGGUUGCUCUUGCUUUGCCGUGUCCUGAUGCUGCUGCUGUUGCAAUAGAGGGACAUGUGGAGGAUGCAAAGGGCUCUUCUGAUGGGGCAAAGGAAAUGCAGAGCGCGGAUACUGAGGGGCCAGUGGCAACGCAGAGCAUGCAUUCUGAGGGGCCAGUGGCUACAGAGGCUACAGAUCUUGAUGAUUUCGGCCUCCCACCCCUGAAAAAAAGAGUGAAAGGCCAAGUGUAUGCCCGUCUGAAGUCAUACUUGCAUGAGGUGGUUGUGUCGAAGCAACAUCAGGAUGAGAUGCAGAAGGCUUUGAAGGAGAGUAAGGAGGAUGAGCCUCGCAAGCAUGUACCAGUGGAUGGUUCCGAGCCCUCGAGUUCCAAGAAGGAUAAGGAGGAGGAAGCAGCCAAGGCAAAAGCCUUGGGAGUGGCAGCCGAAGGUGUGGAGCCCAUUGUCGACCAGGGUCCCAAGCCCAAAGCCCGAGCAAAGGCAAAGGCCAAGGCCAAGGCCAAUAAGGCUGUGCCAGCCGAGAAUGUGGAGCCGAUGUCUGCCAUGGCCGCAGACAACGAGGUUGCACCCGUGGUUGCUGAUCCGGGUCCGAAGCCCAAAGCCCGAGCAAAGGCAAAGGCAAAGGCCAAUGUGCCAGCCGAGAAUGAGGAGCCGAUUUCUGCAAUGGUUGCAGACAAUGCCGAGGUUGCACCCGUGGUUGCUGAUCCGGCCCCACAGCCCAAAGCCCGGGCAAAGGCCAAAGGAAAGGCCAAGGCGAGGCGAGUGGCAGAUGAGGCUGCAGACCCACCGGUCAAGAGGCGCCGAAUCAGCAGCAUUAGAAAGAAGCACCCUGAGCUGGCCAAGAUGCCUUUGUUUGAGUAUGUUGAGAUGUCAGUUUACUGGACUCGAUGUGCUGUGGGCCUCAAGCUGAAGCAGGGUGAACUGGAGAAGAAGCAGGUUAUCUAUGUCAGCAACAAGAGCCUCUCCAUGCAGGACAACAUCGACUGUGCCAUCGACAUGGCUACGAUCUUGGAAGUCGCCCAUGGCGAUUGGCCCUCUGUGAAAGACCUCUUGGAGGAGAAGAAGAGGGUUUUCCUGUUGCGACACAUGUGA